AUGGAACACGAGUUCGACAAGAACCUCACCGAAACCGACCAGACAAAGGCCGACCGCACUGGCGGUAGUUGGCACAUUGUGGAAUCACAAAGGGCUAAGAAACUACGUAAGAAGAACGAAAAAGGCAAGGAAACCCCAUCUCAGAAGCAACGCGGCUCACCUAGUCAGGCAAACUUCGCGAGAGGGGAACGCGACGACCAUCCAUAUGGUGUGGCUGAGAACCAAGGAAAUCGCUUCCACCAUCCAAAGCGCAAACCUCUGCCAUCACUACCAAAGGAUGAUGUAAAAAUCAUCAUGCGUCCCACAAAGGGAUUAACUAUCAAAGACAUACUAAUACCAACCUUGGCGAGUGCCAUUCUCAAGGCAAGCCAACCAAUCCAAGACCAUCUCUGUCGAACUCAAGAUGGACCCGUGAAGCGAGAGAGAAUCACAGGAAUGGAUUUCAUCCUCCGCACUCGCCCCGGAUCGAACAUUAUAAUUCUAUCGGUGAGCAGCACGGAAGUGGCCAACGUACUCCGCCGCAUCACGCUACUCGAAUUGAGCGGACGCGUGCACCAAUUCAACACAUACGUUGCUGACCCCGACAACUGCUAUCGAGGUGUGGUUCAUGGCAUUCCAGCGGACACACCCAUGGAACAUUUACUAGCCAACAUGCGAGUACGGACACACGGAGUUCAAAUCGAACGAGCUCGGAUGCUAGGCAAGUCAUCCACGGCGCUCAUCACGUUCACCGGUGGCUCCCUUCCCAAAUGUAUUUAUUACAUGGGAGGAGAGAUGCGACUCCAUCCAUACAAGCCCACUGUUCAAAUAUGCACGGAAUGUUUCCAAGCGGGACACCGACCGGAUGUGUGCCCCCACCCGAUCAACAUCUGCAAAAAAUGCGGCCUGAAGGAUCCCCCCGCCCUUGGACACGAGUGUGUGCUCAAAUGCGCCGUGUGCGGGGCGGCAGGCCACGAGACUGGCAGCAACCAGUGUCCACAGAAACUAAAGAACAUUCGUUCCAAGAACACCAAUCGUCAGUCCCGCUCACGAGAGCGAGUGGGCCAGAAGAAACUGCGAUGGUUCAGCUCAGAGAACGAGGAAGAGAGCCAUCGCCACAAAUCCACAUCUCCUAACGGCAAAAGAAGUAGGAGCCCAUCCAGGGAGCUGACCAGGGCCGCACAAGCGCCAGUGCCCCCGCAGCACCAGCAGUCACAAAAGCCUCAGACAGCAAACCACAUAGGCACGCCCACACGCACAGGUAACAGCGUGAGCAGGGACACAACACCCGAUCGCGCGUACACGCUAAACAUCAAAGACGCACACUACGCCACCACGGACGACGGUUACGUCCUGGAAGUGGACAGGGUGCCACAUGGACGGCAGGGUGACGCAGCGGCUGCGGAGGAGCAGAACGGGACCCGUCGCCACCCCGUGCUGUUUGUGCCGCCGCUCUUUAGCGGCUCGGACGUAUGGUUUCUUAACUACCCUUCGCAGGCCCCAGGCUUCCUGUUCGCCGACGCUGGCUUAGACGUAUGGUCAAUGAACUCGAGGGAAGUGGAACGGUACUCUAACCACACGACCCUGUCCAAGGACGACCCUCAAUACUGGAACUUCAGUUUCGACGAGAUCGGACGCUACGACGUUGCUGCCGGAGUCGAUCACGUGCUCAACGCUACCGGUGCGGAGAGGCUGACGCUCGUCAGCUUGUCGCAGGGCGUCACCAGCAUUCUUGUUUUGCUGUCCACGCGACCGGAGUACAACGACAAGGUCGACCUGGUUGUCGCAUACGGUCCUGUUGCUAACCUCUCUCACGUGAAGCCGCCACUUUCGGUUGUGAUACCCAUCGCACCUUUACUCCCGGCCCUCUACCCCGUCUCCAGGGCUGGCUACUUGGGGGCGUCUGAGGGCCUCUCAGUUCUUUUUGCCCAAUUGUGCAAGAUUUUGACUGGCGAAGUGUGCUCAUUGGCCGCCACUAUAACGCUCGUCAGCAGCCCUUAUCAACUGAACGAGACACGAGUCCCCAUGUACUUGGGCCACUUUCCCAUCGGAACAACUAUACAAAACCUCCUGCACUUCUACCAGUGCGAGCUGAUCAGAUACUUCGACUAUCCCUGCGAAAUCAGCUACGUCACCACGGACGACGGUUACGUGCUGGAAGUGGACAGGGUGCCACGCGGACGUCAGGGUAACGCAACGGCUGCGGAGGAGCAGAACGGGGCCAGCCGCCACCCCGUGCUCUUUGUGCCGGUGUUCACUAGUGCCUCGGACAUAUGGUUCAUUAACUUCCCUUCGCAGAGCCCAGGCUUCCUGUUCGCCGACGCUGGCUUCGACGUAUGGUCGAUGAAUUCGAGGGAAGCGGAACGCUACUCUAACCACACGACCCUCUCCAAGAACGACCCUGAAUACUGGAAGUUCAGUUUCGACGAGAUGGGACGCUACGACGUUGCUGCCGGAGUCGAUCACGUGCUCAACGCUACCGGUGCGGAGAAGCUGACAAUCGUCGCUUUUUCGCAGGGGGUCACCACUACUCUGGUUUUGCUGUCCACGCGACCGGAGUACAACGACAAGGUCGACCUGGUUGUCGCAUAUGGUCCUGUUGCUAACCUCUCUUAUAUUACGCCUCCAUUUUCGCUUGUGGUACCCUUCGCACCUUUACUCACGGCCCUCUACCCCGUCUCCAGGGCUGGCUACUUGGGGGCGUCUGAGGGCCUCUCAGUUCUCCUUGCCAAAUUGUGCGAGAUUUUGACUGGCGAAGUGUGCUCAUUGGCCGCCACUAUAACGCACGCCAGCAGCCCUUAUCAACUGAACGAGACACGAGUCCCCAUGUACUUGGGCCACUUUCCCAUCGGAUCAACUAUACAAAACGUCCUGCACUUCUACCAGGCAGCAGCCCCCUUAUCAUCGGAGGUGACUUCAAUCUCCCGCACACAGGAUGGGGUUACGGACACAGCUCUGCUGCAGGUGUACAAGGCCAAAGAAUUUGUCAUGUACGAUCAUGGCCCCAUGGAGAACGUUGAGCGGUACAAUCAGGCGACACCGCCGUCCUAUCCGCUGGAACGCAUCACAACUCCGUGGGCCUUGUUCUCGUCAGACGGCGACCAGGGCGCCGACCCGCGUGACGUCAAAGGACUGGUCGCCAGACUCGGAUCGAGGGUUAUCCUGCAUCGCGUGGUUCCACAGAAGGACUUCGGUCACGCAGACUUUGCCAUUGGAUACAGAAGCAACGACUUUUUGCACAAUGUCGCCAUCGACGUUGUGAAGCAGCAGAUUGGACAGAGCGAGUGAGGGAUCUCUGGUUCCAAGUACAAGAAAAAGGACUGCCGCUCACGAGAAACGCUGUUUUGUUGGAGUCCCAAAGGAAAUGUUUUAUUCCGAGUGCUGUACACGGAAAGCUUACAUAUGAAAUUUCAGUACUUCAGGGUAUUUGAGUAUAUUGCCGCUUGACUUACGAUAGGUUGUAAUUUUAAAUGCUAGUAAAAGUAUUUGAAGACGAGCGUCUUUCAUGUUC